AAUAACCUAUUUUCAUUCCUCAUUUUUGACAGUAAAGGAACACCCUUAUCAAUACUUCUAGGGAAAUUUGCUUGUGUGAUGUAAAGGAACUUCCAGUUCACAAGAAGUAUGAAGAGAACUGAAUCAUCAUCUUAAAUUCAGUCAGUGUUGCCUAAUAAGUCGAUUAUUAUUAUUAAGUGAUUUGCACGGAGGGAGUACUUGAUGUGUUUCCCACAUCUUGCGUUACCCAUCCUGUUUCUAAAAUAUACCAAAGGCAAGCAUGACUGGAACAUUUUAGUCAGUCAUGGGUCAGCCUCGACUCUAAAGAUGCGACAAGAAGUCCUUGUUGGUGCCCUUGACUUGACUGAAAGAAAAUUAAGCACUGAAGAGCUCUGAAGAUGACUAUGUCCUCUCCUGUGGGACCAGAAGGUAUCACUCUGGCUCAGCCUGUCCCCGUCCCAACCCUGACUGUCCUGCCCCCAUCCUCAGAUACAGAGUCCUGGUCUCGCUCACCGAGCCCCAGACUGUCACGCUCCAGCCGCCAUGGUCGAUUCCACCGCAGCAGGAACCGAACCAAGAAACGAAACGAGGAAGAGCAAGGCUGCACUCCUAAGCGACAGUGGGGUAAAAAAACGCAAAUUGUAGUAGAGGAGACGGGCCCCAUUCCAAACCGUAGCCCCUCGCCCUCCCCCUCCGUGGCCAGUCAGAUGGAGGGGGAAGAGCAAGGUCAGGACAGCCCCUCACAGGACCACCUCCUGCCACCGUCUCGCUCCUGGUCUCGUAGUCCCUCUCCCAGCCGGCGCUCCCGUUGGUCCCUAAGGAGCCUACUCAGCAGAGACUCUGACUGGGAGAGCUGCAGUACAGCCAGUAACUCUCCGCGCAGCACCCCCGGCAGCUCUCCCUCCCUGCGGCGCAGGGUCCUUGGGGGUGGCAGGGCCAGUGAGAACGAGGGAGGAGGAGAGAAGAGCAGUGGUGGUGGAGGAGGAGGAGGUUCAGAUAGCCCCUUGCCCUCCAUACCCUCUGCCUCCUCCCUCACAUCCGCCUACCCACUUGCUUCUCGCCACUUCAGCCGCAAUGCCAAGAAAAUGCAGAGCUGGUACAAUGUUCUCAGUCCUACAUACAAACAGCGGAAUGAGGAUUUUCGUAAACUCUUUAAGAAACUUCCUGACACAGAGCGACUUAUAGUGGAUUACUCCUGUGCUCUGCAGAAGGACAUACUGCUUCAGGGCCGCCUUUAUCUGUCAGAGAACUGGCUCUGUUUCUACAGUAACAUCUUCCGCUGGGAAACCACUAUCACUAUCCUGCUGAAAGACGUGACCUCUAUGACCAAGGAGAAGACUGCCAAGCUCAUCCCAAACGCCAUCCAGAUCAGCACUGACAAUGAGAAGCACUUCUUCACAUCUUUCGGAGCAAGGGAUCGCAGCUUCAUGAUGAUUUUCCGUCUGUGGCAGAACGCGCUGUUGGACAAGUCUCUAUCCCCCAAAGAGCUCUGGCACAUUGUACACCAGUGUUACGGCACUGAGCUGGGCCUCACUAGUGAAGACGACGACUAUGUCUCCCCCACCGCCGAACACAUGAACGGCCUACUGCCAGGAGACGAGUCUGUGUCGGUUACAGAUCUACUAGACCUGAGCUCAGUGUCGGUUCCCUCCACCGGCAGCUCUCCCCCUCCCCUGGUGCCCUGCGGUCCAGUCAGCUCUUCCUCAUCUACCAACCUUGUGGGCUCCUCUCCCCCUUCCUCCGCCUCCUGUCUGCCCAUAGAGGUGCCUUCCUCAUCAGGACGCAGACUGAGCUCUGACCCCAUCGAACCCAGCCCACCCAGCUUCCACAGCUCGCUGCCAUCGACCACUCCCACCAACGCCUCUGCCUCUGCCCCGGCCUCUGCUGCUGCCUCCUUUAAUCUGGAAGAGGGUGGGGACAGCCUGUCUGAGUCAGCCAAUCACAUGCUGCCCCCGCCAACCACCAGUCUGGGAAACCUUUCCUCAUUGGAUAUCACCAACGAUGAGGAAUUGCCCACAGACCCCAGCAACUCCUCUGACACGCAAGAAGAGAGUGAAGUGGAGUCGUUCUGCGCUGACCUGAGCGGGCGGCUUCACAUCAACGCCGUGGUCCGCAUGAGUGUAGACAAGCUGCAUGACCUGCUCUUCUCUGCCGAUACACACUUCAUCCAGCACCUCUUUUCCCAGCGACACUUUACUGACCUGUCGGUGGGUGAAUGGCAGCAGGACAGCAGCACUGGGAAUACCAGCCGUGUGCUUAGCUACACCAUCGCCCUGAACAACCCCCUCGGCCCCAAGACUGCCCCUGUGGUGGAGACGCAGACAUUGCAUAAGAGCAGCGCCCGGGGUGAGUGCUACGUGGUAGACUCGGAGGUUAUCACUUCAGGCAUCCCCUACCAGGACUACUUCUACACUGUCCACAGAUACUGCCUCACCUCUAUCAACAAGCACAAGAGCCGGCUCAGAGUUUCCUCAGACAUCUGCUACAAGAAGCAGCCGUGGAGUCUGGUGAAAGCAUUGAUUGAAAAGAACACCUGGAGCGGCAUUGAGGAGUACUAUAGACACAUGGAGAGCGAAGUGAGCAAGCUGGAGACGCUACUGCAGUCUGAGGUUUCCGUGGUAACCACAGGCGAAGCAGUGGGCGCCGACGCUGCCAAGACCCCGCCAGCCCUGCGCCGGCGCAAACGCACCUGCUCUCGACGGCAGGGCGAGAAGGAGAGAGAGAGGGAAGGAGGAGGCAUGGGCACCGGAGACCGAGGGGACAGAGGAGUCGGAGAGGACAGAGACAGGAGAGAAGCCAUCUUAAAACCCAUCUCUUCUCUGUGGCCUUUGACACCUAGUGCUCAGUAUAUAAAGCUUGGGGAGCGUUCGCGUGGAGGACAGAACAGUAUCUCUACCAUCCUCCUCAUUGUCAGCUUCAUUCUGGUGGUGCUGGUGGCUCUCAACAUGCUGCUGUUCUACAAGCUGUACGCUCUGGAAAGAGCGGCCCAUACACUGGAGACAUGGCACUCCUAUUCUGUUGCUGACAGUCCUUUGCCCCAGACACCUGGAGAGUGGGCUCAGGUCUUGCAGCUUCAGAGGCAGUUUCACCAGGCUCAGCUCAGCAAGUGGCAGCAGAUCCUGCAGUCCUCUGUCACGCUUCUCGACCAGAUGAAGCAGUCUUUAGAAAAGCUCCACCGGGGCAUCGUGGUCCCAGAGGUGCAGCAGGACCCCCCUGAUGAUAUCCUCACAGAGUCUGGGACUGAGGCCUGAGUCCCCCCCACCCCUACCCUGAUUGUCUCCUAACUCUGAACACACCCUGGUAGAAAAGAGCGGCCUCGUCAACUUGGUUUUGCUCUGUCCCUAAUUUCCAAAAUCGACAACCAGGAUUGGGACAUGCAGGGGACUACAUUACCCACAACUCUCCUCGCCUGACUGACUUGAAAUGGCAUCGUUUGCCUUCAGCCUCAACCAGUUACAACUUCAGUGAACUCAUUCAGACUGGAAGCUAUCAGGACCACAGCAAUAAUCUACCUACAGCUGCAAGUCAUCUGUAUGUACUGUAUGGAAACAGGCCACUGGUGGGCCGAUUCAGACCAUCCACUCCUCAAGAAACGUUUCAAAAUGGCCAAACGUGUUUCAGAAUAACUUUAUUUCAGACCUCCUUAAUUUUCAAAAAAGAAACCCAUUUUAUGACUAUCAUAGACUUCAGUUUCUCUCCUGACAUGCAACAUUUCAAAGGUGCAAUGGGAAGGGAUCAAUGAUUUCUGGAAAGUGGGAGUUCUUCCUCCUAGUCCUGGGAACAAUUAGAUACCUUUGCCUCUAGUUGAACGCCUGCUGAUACAAAAAAAAAAAAAAGGGGGGGGGGACACCACCUGCUGUGUGGAUGUGAUGAACACCCAGAAGGAGAGGGGAGAGCGCUGACAGGAGCACUGCGCCUCUCUCGCUCUUUCCGCGAGGGAUCCACGUCCGAUUUGAGCCCCCUCAAAGGCUGUCGGUCCUCUGUGAAAGGGGAUGAGGAACAUUUCAACAUCAGACACUUUAAUUUUCACCCUUAAUUAUAGAUGUAAUUUAUACAUCUGAAGAACUCCCAAACACCCUCCCACUCCUCCCAGUCCUGUCUGGGUUUUAUCUUUUUUCAAAAUCAGUGUGUUGGGUUGUUUGUUAGGACAGCAAGCUGUGUCUGACUGUUACAGUAUUUAUUAUCACCAAUGACUUUUAAACUGAAGUCCUGUCCUGCUCUUAAGAAGUCAUUUGGUGGGUAUUUUGUGCUCUGAUUUGCUGUUGCCGUGCGGACCAAGAGGAGCUACACGAGAAGGAUUACUGUCACAGCAAUAAUGACAAUAGUGAUUCUAGUACUUUUUGAAUGUUUCAAACAAAGUAGUAUAUAAUAUUAAUAAUAAUAAUGAGUUGUGUGUGAAUGUGUGUAGAGGCAGUGAAAAAAAAACCAAGCAAAGAAGAUUUUGACUUGACAGAUGCGUGCGUGUGUGUUCAUGAGGAGUCCUCAAUGUUACAUUUUUCAUAUUAGCGUUUCUUGAGUUCGUUUUUUGGAUUUCACGUUUGGUUGCUCACUCUUUGUAUCACAGAGCCAGACCUUACCAGUUCAGGAUUUAGACUUGAUCAGGUAGAAACCUAAGUAUCAGAACAGCUACUUCGUUGUCCAACUGGGCUGGGCGUUUCAAGAUGAAAGGACCAACCAGAAUUUUGUAGGCCCAGGUGAAGAAAAAGGGAAUCUGUUUUGCAGUAUUGUUUUUUUUUUUUGUGUUUGUAAUAUUAAUUUCAUAAUUUGACUCGCUUGUUUUUCUCUUUUUAUUCAGUUCUUUUUUUUCGUUUUCUAUCUUUAUUAUUUUGUCAUCUUUAUUUGUUGUUUAUUUUCAGCCAGUGCUCUCUGUCCACUCAGUUCUGUCCUCCGAUGAUUUAAAGCAUCUCACCCAUCUAUACUCCCUCCUUUGUUUCCUCCUUCUUCUUAUUCUUCUGAUCACUCAAGCCCACUCUUCCUCUCUUUCCUCUCUGUGCUCUCCCUCUUCACCCGCUCACUCUCUCUCUCUGUUUCUCUGAUAAUGGCGGCUACAGAAGCAUGUGGGCCAUGCUGUGCAUGGCCAUCCGCGGAUAACAAAAGGGUGUAAUAUUUAUUUAGGGAGGGGGGGGGGGGGGAGUAGAUUGAGGGAGAGAGAGAGACGGAUCAGAAGCGGGCAUGAGAAUGUACUGUAAAGAUGUGAUUGUACACCACGCCAUGGAGAGAAAUGAAAAGUUCUAAAACAUGCAACAA